GUUGUCUAUGAUGGCUCGCUACUGCCGCCUAGCGGCGAGUUUGGCGAACCGCGUGGCGGCAUCGCAGCGGACGGAGCCUGUGUCUGUGCAGAUUCCCAAUCAUCCAGGUCAUGGUUAUGGCAAAGGUGUUGAAGCAAAGCCAAGCAAGGAUAGCACGCACUGAUAUGAGCUCUCAGUCUGUGCCCAGGAGCCCAUUUCCUCCAUCCACCAGCCCGUUAGGCUUGAUGAGACCGAUAAGUGGAUGCAAGAGGCUUUUGGAUGUGCACUCCAACCCGCAGCAAGACUCUAGACAUCAUGUGUUGGUUUAUAUUUUAUGUAUAUCAUAAUAAGAUCUUAACCAGUAGCUUGUAACCAAAAGUACCCUACGCUGAGCCAAAGCAUGUGGUUAGACGUUGCUGUGGCAACACCUGAGGACACCUCAUCAGUCUCCUUGACCUCCUAAACGCUGGUGGCAUUUAUGAGCGGCUCAAACCUGGGUCCUGAUGUUUGUGUGUGACCUCCAGGGCCAGAGCUUGUACGGUUCAGUAAAUGUGGUGUGUUAAACGCUUGGUCGGCUAUGGAACAUGAAGGGUGCUCACCGAACGCGGUGCUUUGAUUCAUCGCCGUCUGACCAGGUACCUACAGAGUAGAAGUAGGCUGAGCAUGAGUGGAGACCUUUGUGUUCUAUUUUUAGCCUUUCUGUGCUCCCGCAGUAUUCGAGCACAGAUCAAGGGUGGUUUAUGCUUCUUUCUCCUGCCUCUGCUGUGAAUCACACUGACAACAACACAGGUGUCUGUGCAGUAUGUGGGUCAAUGUGCUGGUGUUAUAGCUGCUCAAUGUAUUACAGUGUAUGUUUAAGUUAAGUUAUGAAAUGUAUAAAUUUAAAGGCAGUAUUUAAAAUAAAGGAACAGAAACAUUUAAACGUGACAUGUAUUCUCAAGGGUUCAUCGGGAGGCUCCUCUGGCUCAGUCACACACUGUUGUGCUGUGCCUGGAAAGAUCACGCACCCGCACAUGGACACGUGCCAAUCAGCUUAUGAUCGCCCCCAAGGUCGAGGCAUGAACAGACCUGUACGUAGGGACCGUGGAGAAUCAUGUGUUAUCAUAAAUUAAACAUUUAUAAAAAUGUGCGGAGUUAUUUACUACGUGAUGUCGUUUGUUCCGACAAAUACGAGUAUUAGCCAUAGAGCAAAUCUGUCCCAUGCGGAUGCUGGGGACCUCACAGACAGCCAAUGACCGUGCUCCCCGCCUCUCUCUCUCUCUCUCUCUCUCUCCGCUGAGAAAUACUUGACGUGGCAGAGGUCCGGACGUGACAUAGCUGCGCAUCAUCUCUCCUCCUCCUUAGCUCAGUUGCCGACAAACAUCUGCAGGUUCUGGUCCGCGGUCGGAACCAGGAGGCACAAUGUGGCUGAUCGUGUUGGCCAGUUUUCUUCACUGCGCCUCGGCCUACGACGUGGACCAGAAGAAGCUGGACGGGCUGGCGAAAGCGAAGGUCGAGACGUGUGGUGGAUGACAGCUGAACAGGCUCAGAGAGGUCAAAGCCUUUGUGGUCCAGGACAUUCCUCUUUACCAUAACCUGGUGAUGAAGCACAUUCCUGGCGCUGACCCUGAGCUUGUCCUCCUGAACCACUAUUAUGAAGAACUGGAUCGGAUUGCUCUGUCUGACAUGAGCCGCGCCGAGAUCAACGAGCUGCUGGGGAAGCUGGGCUUCUACAAGAAGGCUCAGCCCGAGGACGAGGUGCCGGUGGAGUUCCGCUUCGCCCCUGCAAAGGACAGCCCGUUUAAAGAGGAGUCAGCACACGGGCCGCCCACCGCUUCCCUCGGCGCUGAGCACACGUCCCCAGAGCCCAACGCAGAGGCCAAGCACACCGAUCUAUAACGUCAGGGUGGACACGCGUAGGAACUUAAUAACAUGUUGCCUCAUAGCUGUUCCAUGACCAGCAGUCAUUUCAGAAUAAGGCCAACACAUGACGGAUCAGUCGUUGGGGAAGAACAAACAUCUUAGCCGUCAGCUAGCGGCCCUUUAAGGGUCCAGUCUGAUUCGUACACGGCAUCUUUGUGUCGUCAUAACCCGGCAGGCCACUAUGUGACUACUUUUCUAUUCUCCGUUCAAACACGGUGUGUUUGUUAUUAUAGUUGUUUUGGGUCCAUUGUGUGUGAGAGGUCUUCAGGCACUUCACUUGAGUUUUUCUGUGUCUGACUUACUUCCUGCCUACUGUGAAACUGAAUGAAACCGCAGGCUCAAAAUCGUCUGACUGGCCUGAGGUUGAUGCUACUGUUCUGGUGGGCCGGACUAAAAGGCAAAAAAGGACUCAAGUGGAAAUAAAAAUUUAAAUCAGGUCCUCAA